GCCCAGGGCUCCCGGGGCAGAGCAGUGAGUGACAGACGGAGAGAGGCCAGGGAUUCAGCCUCUCUCCUGCCGUUAGCGCUCACCUCCACAGGAACAGCCCCAGCUCUGAAGAAGGAGCCAGUACAUCAGGGUGGAAGGAGCUCUGCUACCAGGGUGCACGCUGUUGGGCCACCAUGUUGGGCCCAGGCGUGAGACUGCAGCCAGUCCAUAUCCAGAACCUGUCUGAGCUGGAGCGGGCUCGCCUGCAGGAGAUAGCUCACUGCCGCCUGGAGGAGAGAGAGCUGGACUUCAAGAUCAGCAUUCCCCGAGAGAACAGAAAGAGGAGGAAGUCUCUGCGGAAGAGGUUUGAUUCCUUCUCAAAGGAGAAGAAAGAAAAAGAAAAGGCACCCAAGGCGUUUGGGGUUCCGCUGUCGCAGGUUAUCGCUAACGACCGGGCACACAAGCAGAGGCUGGAUGCGCUGAAGGACUGCCUGGACCCGGAGGCCUCUGCACAGGGCUUCCGCGCCCAGCAACAGCAGCUUAGCAACAGGCCGGCCCUCUCCCUGUCACCUACGCCUACACAGGACCCCAGCACCUGCCCCCUCUCUCCCACCCCUCUCACUGUGGCUUUGCCCUCACAUCGCAGGGGAGGACUGUCUGUGGACUGCAUCUCUGAGCUCGUGGAGAGUCAGUCGCUCCUGCUGGAGGCGCUGCAGCUCUCUCACCCCCACGAGCUGGACGGGAAGAAGGCAGCAGGCCGCGCCCAGACCAAGCUCAGCCUCAACCCCGUCUGCCACCAGGUGCCGCGCGUGCUAGAGCAGUGCUGUCGCCACAUCGAGGCCCACGGUCUGCAGACUUUAGGAAUUUUUCGUGUUGGGAGCUCCAAAAAGCGAAUCAGACAGCUGCGGGAGGACUUUGACCAGGGUGUGGAUGUGGUCCUGGAUGCGGAGCACAGUGUGCAUGACAUCGCCGCCCUGCUGAAGGAGUUCCUGCGGGACAUGCCUGAUCCCCUGCUCCCCCGAGAACUCUACACUGCCUUCCUGCACACAAACAGUCUGAGAGGGGCAGAUCAGCUGUCCUACCUGCAGCACCUGCUGUACCUGCUGCCCCCCUGCCACUGCGACACCUUACUGCGCCUCCUCGCUCUCCUGCACACCGUCCAGCGCCACGCCCAGGACUCCGUCAGCCCCGACAGCCAGGCGAUCCCUGGGAAUAAGAUGACAGCCAUGAACUUGGCGGUAAUCUUCGGGCCGAACCUGCUGCAGCGUGAGCGCGGUUCGGAGAGAGACCUGCGGGCCACGAACAUUGAGGACAGCACCGCCAUUAUCUCCAUCACACUGUUACUCAUACAGAAGUACAGACUGCUGUUCAUGGUUUCUGCAGCCCUACAGCAGGAAGUGCUGCUGAGCAUCUUACAGACAGACCCAGACAUCAUGAAUUACCUCCUGCGCAGGAAACUCAGCUGUGGCCACCAGAGGGUGGAGACAGAGGCCAGCAGGGGAGGGGUCCUCUCUGUCGGGCUGUCCAGCGGGGAGCUGUCGCCCCUGGAUCCCCCAAACCACUUGUUCCCCGAGUCCCAGGCUGACAGCUGCUUCAGCAGCAAGGUCUUCCUCAGAGUGCUGCAACUUAACCAGAACAGGAAACGCACUACUUCGGACCGGCCCCAGAGGUCCAUGGCCCAAAUAAGACAGUUCCACUCCCACCACAACCUGAUGAGCCUGGCUCGGCCCAUGCUGUCUCCCGACAAUGACCCCGCCCCCAAAGGCAGUCUGGAGGGGGAGGAGCCACCCGGUGAGGGCGGGGCUAUGGGCGGGGCCUUCUCGCCCGCUGAGAGAACGGUUCUGUUCAGCCUGGGUCUGGACCCCAACACCUCCCCCCUCCCCCUCAGUCCAAGGGACACUGAAAAAGCCCAACCUACACAUUUCUGGGACUUCUUUAGCAGGAAGGCUUCGAGCUCUGAGAACACUGUAUGAGCACUGUAUUACUGCAUACAGUAUAAUUUGGCAGAUCAUUGGGCGAUGUUUUUGCUCGUUCUUUUUUCUUGCAAGUGGAUUGAUUGGCCUGGAGAGGACAACUUAACAGUGGACAGAGUACAGAAACACUCACACGACUGAGAAAUCCCACGCAUUAUCCAAGAAGUAGAACUUGAUGACUCCUGUCCUCCCUUUGUAUUCAGAAUUAUUUGUUGCCAUGACUAAUCACCAUGCAAUCGGCAAAUCACAGGUUCUUUCCCAUGUGUGUCUUUCUUCUGCUCAUUCUGAAAUAAAGACAACAUGCAUUCUG